CUGCCCAUCUAAUAACUAAGCCUUGCCAGUGCAACUUCGGGUCUAACUGGCAGACUGAUGUACACAGAAGAGGAUAGUCAGAUCCAGAGGUCAGAGGCUGGGGAGGCCAGAUAGAUGGGGAUGACCAGGGUGCCUUCCUGGAAGAGGAGCUCAGAGGUCUGGUGGGGGGCAGGGGAGGCAUUUCAGAAGUAGCAGGCAGGCAAGGGGAUGGAAGUGUGAGGUGGGGGUAGACUCCACCUGAAAAGACAGUAAUGGGGACAGGCCACAGAGGCCCUAUGUCAGGCCUGGGAGUUUAGUCCUGACCCUUGGGUAGGGAGCAACUGGAGACUUUGAGGAGGGGCAUGCCCAUGAAAGAUCCUCCUGGGUGGCCAGGAUGCGGGGUGGGGGGGGGGAGUGAGAGAGGGGAGGUGCUAGGACAUCGUGGAAUGGGGGUGGUGGUUUGGGGAGUAGGAGUCCCACCUCUGUGCUGACAUGCCGUGAGACCACCGGCAGGUCUCUUACUCUUCUGGGCUGGUUUCCUUCUCCGUCUUCUCCCAAAGGCCCUUUCAGACCAUGACUGAGUGAACUAAGGUGUGUGGGGAGAGGGAGUCACGUGGUUCCAUUAGCAUCACUAUUUUCUACUUUUCUUUGGCCUCAGAUGGAUCAUCACCCAUGGUUUACUCCCUGCUUCAGGCCCAUAUGGCUCAACCUCCAGUGCAUUAGCCUCACUGAAGAGAAAACAUGACCUUGGAGCCACCUUCCAGCUGUGUAACUUGAGAGGAACUUUGCUUCUCCCACCUACUUAGCAGGGAGGAUAUGGCCAUUGAGAGGCCUUCACAGCACACAGGGCAGUGAGUGCUCAAUUAGUGGCAACUGCCUUUCUCACUGUUGUUCCUGUCAGGUUUCCUGGGUAGGACUCUUGGCUGUAAGCUCCGUGGAGGCUGGUGGUGUCUCCUCCCCGGGGCUGAACGCCACCUGGGCCCCCAGUCAGGACGUGAUGCCCAAGGCUAGUGCAACUCUGCCCAGGCUCGUCAUGGGGACUAUGACGUGCACCUGCCCGGCCAGGUGAGCAGUCUCGAUACUCACCCCACCCUGGGCGGGUGCCCUGCAUCAUUCCUCAUGGGACUACCCCAAACACAGGUCCCCAGUCCCUCCCGAGGCACCAAGUGUGACAGGCACUUAUGUUCAACCAAACCCACCAGGACCUAAAUUCAAUUCCUCCUCCUUUUCUGUUUAAUUUUCUUUGAUUAUUGGGGGGGAUAGGUAAUACAUUCAAAUUCUUCAAAAUUUAAGAGGUACCAAAAGUGUACCAUAACCCCUCCCCCACUCCACCUAGUACACAGCCCCUUAGUUCCUCUUCCUGGAGACAACCAAUCUAAUCUUCCUGGGCUCUGGGAUCUCAAUGCCUUCUUGUUCACUGGGAUGCAUUCCUAGAAGGGCAAUGAUGGGUCACACGUUAUGGCCAUUUUGUAAGACCUUGGAUGUCCAUCAAACUGUCCUCAAGUUCCACAGGACUGGAUGUCCAAACCAAAUCUGAUUUCCUCAAGGUCAAGAAGUCUCAGUUACUAUCCCUCCUUACAGCAGCUGUGUGUCCCUAACCCGUGGCCUCACCUUCACAUCUUGACUAAGGCCAAAGCCCUCCUCUGGGCCUAGUGACUUGCUUUGUUUAUACACUCACAGGGCUUUUACCUAGGUCCAUCCGGGUGCAUCAGCUGACUGGGGGGGGGGGCGGGCACCACCCUUCCCAAAGCCGGCACCUGACUGGGUCAAGGGCCACCACCUUCCCGGAGGUGAACAGACUCUCUCAGCAGUGGCUGGAAAAGGACGCUCAGCAGCACCUGGCCAGCAGGGUGUUCUGAGGAACAGCCAUGUCUACCCUGUACCCGUCUCUGGAGGACCUGAAGAUGGACCAAGCCAUUCAGGCCCAGGCCAGAGCUGCAGCCAGGAUGCCCGCCCUGCCAGUCUCCCAACCUUCAGUUUUGUACCCAAGCCUGGCAGACUUGGAAAAUUAUAUGGGUCUUUCCCUCUCCAGCCAAGAAGUCCAGCAGAACCUGCUUCAGAUUCCAGAAGGUGCUGGUAUGGUGGGCUCUGGCCUGUCACCAGGCCAGCUGUUGGCACCGCUGUCUGGAAACAGCCUUGGCACACGGCGAGCAGAGAUCAAGCCUGGGGUGCGCGAGAUCUACCUGUGCAAAGAUGAGCAUGGCAAGACGGGGCUACGGCUGAGGGCCAUUGACCAGGGGCUCUUUGUGCAGCUGGUGAAGGCCAACAGCCCCGCGUCUCUUGUGGGGCUGCGCUUUGGGGAUCAGAUCCUGCAGAUUGACGGCCGAGACUGUGCGGGGUGGAGCACGGACAGAGCACACCGGGUGCUGAAGAGGGCAUCGGCAGAGAAGAUCGCCAUGGUCGUUCGGGACAGGCCGUUCCAGCGCACUGUCACCAUGCACAAGGACAGCACGGGCCACGUCGGCUUUGUCAUCAAGAAAGGCACGGUCGUCUCUGUGGUCAGAGGGAGUUCUGCGGCCCGCAACGGGCUCCUCACCAAGCAGUCCGUGUGCGAGGUGAACGGACAGAAUGUGGUCGGGCUGAAGGACAAAGCGGUCACAGAGAUUCUGGCCAUGGCCGGGAACGUUGUCACCUUGACCAUCAUCCCUACCGUGAUCUAUGAGCACAUGGUCAAAAAGUUGUCCCCGACCCUGCUCCACCACGCCAUGGACCACUCGAUCCCAGAUUUCUGAAGCCAGGGAAGCACUGCUCAGCCGUCCCAUACUCCCCACCCCUGCAGGAAAGGGCUCAGAGUCCUCCUAGGACAGGUGUGGGGGGCUGUGCCCAGGCCAGGGCUGCGCUGAGGGCACAUGUUCCAAGUGGGGCAGGUGGGGAUCCCGGUGGGAAGCCACCGAGACACACAGACACACGGGCCUCCCUGGAACCUCUGACCGGAACUGCACGCAGGCCCCCAGCAGUGAUUCUCUGUGCCUAUUUAAAUGCUUAGCACGUAGGCAGUCCAGCCAACGACUUCUUAAAGUUGCAGUUGGGUCCCUCACCAGAUUUUUGCUGCCCCUACCAGAAAAACAGUUUCACGUUUUGAGAAACACAACUACAUCCUUUGUGAGAAUGUUUUCUUUCUCCUUUCCUUGCCGUCUGUCACAAACUACAUAGUUAUAAUCCUUCAUUUCUUUUGAAUACAUACUUGAUUUUAAAUAAAGGCCUUUCUUCAAAA